CGCAAGCUGCAACAACAACAACACGCCCGGAAGCUCUCCUAUCAAAGGGCAUGACCGCCAACCUGGGAAAGUAGGAAAAAAUAAAAAUUUAAAAAUAAACUACCUAGCUCCAGCCUCCUGACGCAAACCUACGACCGCUCAAAUCCAAUAACCUACCUACCUACUUAUCGACAAAGCGUCUGCCUGGACGAAGCACGAGGGCCAUCUCCGCAUCGUAUUUUUCCACCUCCUUCGAAAGCUAUAACAGACACCCCCAUCUCGCGUGUUCUUUAUUUAAAAAAGCACAAGCAGACAACCAAGACUACCUAACAUACCUCUAUCAUACCAAAUCAAUCUACAGCUAGCUAGCUAUCUGUCCACCUCCUCAAAUCGCAAAGAUGGAUUUCUCCGACUCAUUUCGAAUCGUCAACCUCGCGGUGGGCGUGAUUAUGGUGCUGGGCGGAAUAUCGCAGUUCUUCAACCUCGGCUUCCAAUCCAUCAUAAUCGGCGCCUACGUCCUCAUCUUCGGCUUGGCCGUCGCCCUCCUCGAAUUCCAGAUCCCCCCGCAAGUCUCGCGCUACGCCUCGUUUAUGUUCUCCUUCAUCGGCCGCGGCAUCUUCUACGUCUUCGUCGGCUCCAUCCUCCUGAACAACGGUGUUUUGCGCAUCAUCGCCGGUUCUAUCGUCGGUAUCGUCGGUCUCGGUUAUAUCGCGCUCGAGUUCGUCCCGUCUAUUGAGCCCCCUGCCAACAUGCGCGAGGCCGAUGCUGGUUGGGGUGCCGAGCAGGUAUAAUAGACACAGAUGAUUUCUAGGACCCCUGUCCUCUCGCCUGGACGGGCAGGGGGUGGGUGUUAUCCUCUAGUCGUAAGGUGUCCAUCUUGCCAAUUUCUUGGUGGAGGUUGAUCAUGUAGAAUUUGAAGUGAGGAAUUCUAUUGGAAUGAAAACGCUUAGAAAAUAAAUUCGUUCGGUAAAGGGGGUGGCUGGGCCGGUAAUGAUAACUUAUAUGUACGAACAACGGCGGGGAAUGAGUUCUGUCAUGUACAACCAAGUCAUGUGUUACGCAAGACUGGAUAUUUACCUGGUAGGAGAUGAUUAGUGAAAACGAGGUAAACAUGUUAAAACACUGUUCUUCCUAUACGUCUUUGUAUUUCUUGCGCUGGUAGAAUAUUAUUUAUGA